UCCUUAUUUUUUGGUCUGGAGACUUCAUAAUCCUCAAUCAAACAAAAUAUCAAUAUUUUUUCCCCAAAGAUUUAUUUAUUUAUUUUUAAAGAAAAGACUACUAGCACAAAACAUAGAUGCUAAAAAAAUGUUCAAGUCAGUAAUUCUAAUGGUUCUCUUCUUCCCAUUUUGCAUUUCCCUUGACAUCUUAGCACCAAACCAAUCCAUCAAGGAUGGCCAAUCUUUGAUUUCCAAAGAAAAAAAUUUCGCCUUAGGCUUCUUCAGCCCUGGUAACUCUAGCCAUCGGUAUCUUGGUAUUUGGUAUGUUAAAGUGAAAAAUCAAACCGUAGUAUGGGUUGCGAACAGGAAUGAUCCUAUCAAUGAUUCCUCCGGAGUUCUCUCAGUCAACCAGUUUGGAAACCUUGUCCUUCACGACAGUUCUAACCAUCUUGUUUGGUCUACAAAUGUGUCUGUUAAAAGAACAACCACCUCAACCUCCUCUGUAGCUCAGCUUCAAGAUUCAGGAAACUUAGUAUUGGUCCAAGACAAUAACCAAAAGGUACUGUUAUGGCAAAGCUUCGACUAUCCCACAGAUACUUUGCUUCCAAAAAUGAGGCUUGGUGUGAAUUUGAUAACUGGACUAGACAGGUUCUUAACAUCUUGGAAGUCACAAGAUGACCCCGGAUCUGGGGACUGCUUCUAUAAAAUGAUAAUUUCUGGCUCCCCUGAAGGGUUUGUUUACAAGGGUUCGACCCCAUAUUGGCGGCUGGGUCCAUGGCCAUGGCAGAGCUCAUCACCAGCAACAGCAACAGCUUCAUCAGGUUAUUCGAUUGAUUUUGUAAACAAUAAAGAUGAGGUAUCUUAUGCUUACUUUCUUGAUGACCCUUAUAUUAUUUCUAGAUUAGUGGUUGACAACUCUGGAUUGCUACAACAACUUAUGUGGAAUGAAGCUGAUCUUCAAUGGAAGGAGACUUGGUCAGUACCUAAAUACCGCUGCGACAAGUAUGGACAGUGUGGUGCGUAUGGUAAAUGUAAGCCUGAAAAUUCUAAUAGGUUCGAUUGUAUGUGUUUGCCAGGGUAUGAACCCAAGUCUCCAAGGGAUUGGUAUCUCAGAGAUGGUUCUGAGGGUUGUGUUAGGGAAAAGUUGGGGAUGUCAAUGUGUGGGAAUGGAGAAGGGUUUGUGAAGGUGCAACAUUUGAAGGGUCCUGAUUCAGCUAAUGCAGCUUGGAUGGACAUGAGUAUGAGUAGCUCAGAGUGUGAGCAGGCAUGCUUGAGUAAUUGCUCUUGCACAGCUUUUAUUAGUAUAGAUAUUGAUGGGAAGGGGACAGGUUGCUUGGCAUGGUAUGGUGAAUUGGUAGACAUUUUGGAGAAUUCAGAUGAAGGGUGGGAUUUAAAUAUUCGUGUGGAUGCAUCAGAGUUAGCCAAGUAUACAAGGAAGUCCAAAGGUUUUCGUGGCAACAAGAGGCUGCUGGCUAUUACAAUAUUGUGUGUUGCUGUGCCAUUUUUUCUGGUAUCCUUGCUAGUCUAUAUGUUGCUAAUGAAGAAGAGGAAAACAAAAGUGAUGAGAAAAUUGCACAAUCAAUUAUUAAGUUUUAUUGGUACCAAAUGCUCUUUGGAGGGAAAUGAGCUCGAGGACAGUAGUAGACAUCCAGAUUUGUCCACUUUCAAUCUAAGUUGCAUUGUUGCAGCCACUGACAAUUUCUCUCCGACCAACAAACUUGGGCAAGGUGGUUUUGGCUCUGUUUUUAAGGUUCAAUUACCUAAUGGACAACAGAUAGCUGUAAAAAGGCUAUCCAAGAGUUCAGGACAAGGAAUAGAAGAAUUCAAAAAUGAAGUUAUGCUGAUUGCAAAACUUCAGCAUAGGAAUCUUGUCAAACUUUUUGGGUGUUGCAUUCAAGAGGAAGAAAAGAUGUUGAUUUAUGAGUACAUGCCCAACAAAAGCUUGGACUCCUUCAUUUUUGAUCAUACAAGAAGUUCCAUACUAAAUUGGAGAAAACGCUGUGAAAUUGUUGAUGGGAUUGCUCGUGGGAUUUUGUAUCUUCAUCAAGACUCAAGAUUGAGAAUUAUCCAUAGGGAUCUUAAAACUAGCAAUAUUUUACUAGAUGCUGAAAUGAACCCCAAAAUUUCAGACUUUGGCAUGGCUCGUAUAUUUAAAGGGGACCAAAUUCAAGACAAAACAACUAGAGUUGUUGGAACAUAUGGUUAUAUGUCACCGGAGUAUGCAAUAUUUGGGAAAUUUUCAAUAAAAUCAGAUGUCUUCAGUUUUGGUGUCGUAUUGUUGGAGAUCAUAAGCGGCAAGAAGAAUAACGAUUCUUAUCAGAAACACCCUUCCCUAACUUUGAUUGGCCAUGUAUGGGAACUAUGGAGAGAAGGUAGAGCUUUGGAUAUAAUUGAUUCAUCGAUAAAUGAUUCAUAUGUUUCCGAUCAAGUCUUGAGAUGCAUUCAAAUUGGGCUCUUAUGUGUGCAAGAAGAUGUAAUGGAUCGACCAACAAUGUUGGCAGUUCUUCAUAUGCUGAGUAGUGAGGCAACACUUCCUUCUCCUAAACAACCUGCUUUCAUUUUCAGAAAAUCUAUCCAAGAUUUGGCUCCAGUCGUAGGAGGAGGUUCUUGUUCUAUAAAUGACAUGACAAUAUCUAAGGUUGAAGCUCGCUAAUGGUAAAGCUG